CGUUUGGUUUUCGCUUUCAUUCAAAUAUCUUUGAACCUUUGCAGCCAUAAAUAUUAUCAUGAAUAUUUUAAGCUACCAAUUGUUUUAUCCAACAUGAACUGAGAUGUCGAACAAAUAUGCUAAACUAACGUGGCGUUUUUUCUCUCCUUUGCUAACUUGGCUAGUCUAGCAGAGCUAACCUCCGGCUAAGUGUUUGUUAGCUUACAUGUGACUUACAAACAAAUGUCGCUUCGCUCUGUGCAGGAUAAAGAAAAGAAGAAGAAGGAGAGCAUCUUCGACUUGUCCAAAUACAUCGACAAGCCGAUUCGUGUGAAGUUUCAAGGAGGACGAGAGGCUAGCGGUGUCCUGAAGGGUUUUGAUCCUCUGUUGAACCUGGUACUGGACGGCACAAUCGAGUACAUGCGUGAUCCAGACGACCAGCUGAAGCUGACAGAAGACACCAGGCAGCUGGGGCUGGUGGUGUGCAGAGGAACCUCCGUAGUGCUAAUCUGUCCUCAGGACGGCAUGGAGGCUAUACCAAACCCUUUCAUACAGCAACAGGACGGCUAACACACAGUCUGUUUCCGGCUGAUUUACACACACACACACACACACACACACACAAAUACAACAAUGCACACACAUGAACAUUUUGUGUAGUUUUUUUGUUGUUUAAUUUUUAAAAACAAAUUAUAACAAACGUAAUAAUGCGUCCAACUAAACAAAUUUCUGUUUAAAAUCAUAAGUUGAUCAGCUAGAGGACACUUGAAAGCACUUUGCUUUGUUUCUGUCUGUGCUGUGCAGGUUUGCAAAGAUUUGAGUUGUGAAGAGCCCACAAGUUUGGGAAGUGUUAAUAGAACCAUUUUCUUUUUAUCCACAAAAAGAAACUUUUUUACUAUUCUUUGUUGUUUUUGAUAAGAAAAUAAAAUUAAAAUGUAUGUAAAGAGUUGCUAAA